AUGGCGGCCCCGCUAAUCCGCUGCUGCCCGGUGAUCCGCUGCUGCCCGUUUCUGGUAUUUUUCCUGUACCUUUGUACUUAUUUCUUGCCAUUCUUUGGGAUAUUUCUGGUUAAGUUGCUUUUCUCAGGUUUUAACGGGUUAAAAAUCCUUCAGACCUCUGAAGUAAGAGUCCCUGGUCUCUGCGUCUCUGCAGCUGAAGCGUGCUCCGCUCAGUGCGGCGACGGCCUCUCUGGAUCCACCGUCGGUCCUGUGGAGGAGGAGGAGGAGGAGGACCUGGUGAUGAUCCCCUCCCCCAUGGGCAGCCCCCCGAUCCGCUACGCCUCCUGCACCUCCCUCAACUCCACGGCCGACACCGACGUGGACGGCGGGGCGGAGGAGGAGGACGAAGACGAGGAGGAGGAGGAGGAGGAGGGCGGCUUCCUGCGCCUGGACGCCUGCUCUCUGGAGGAGAGCUGGUUCGUCACCCCCCCGCCCUGCUUCACGGGCCGCGGCAGCCAGCCCGUCCUCCUGGAGACCAGCCCCCUGGAGAACCUGCUGAUCGAGCACCCCAGCAUGUCCGUCUACGCCCACCACAGCCCCCCCCGGCUGAGCCUCGACCCCCUGCCGCGCUCCCUGGACCUGCAGCUGGGCCUGCUGCCCGCCGGCGUGCCCGCCUCCGCCGGGAAGGAGAAGAGCCGACGCCCCCUGGAUGGCCCCCGCCACAGGACGGAGGUGGCGGUCGUCCAGCGUCGCUCCAGCCUCCACUCUGCCUGCUACGCCGCGGCGCUGUCGGCCCGCGCCGGCCUCCUGCAGCAGCGGGCGGCUAACGCCACCCAACGCACCCAACCGCUGUCCCGCAACGCCCUGCGACGCCUCAACCUGCUGCGCCCCCCGAAGGCCAGCACCGUGCACCUGCACCAGCCGAGCCAGAGACACCUCAACUUCUGAGGCGUCCUCAUCAUCAUCAUCAUCAUCAUCACCUUCAUCGUCCUCCGUCCUUCAGGCCACGAGAAAUCAACACCAGCAACGCAUCAGCAGUCACGCUGCCAUCUGACGUCUGAUUGGAUGGUGGAAUCGGGAGCGUGACUGGUGAUUGUUUAUCAGCUCAUGCGGCCAGUUCCUCUUCCUCUUCCUCUUCAUCCUCCCUCCUUUGCAUUGAUGCUGAGAGGAAGUGAUGUGAAAAGAAAAGGUCAGCAUCCCCCCCUCCCAUCACCCUUUGGACCAGUUCGUCCAAUCACAGAGGAGAAGAAGAUCUGUCCCGUUGGCGUCCUCUUCUUCUUCUCCUCUCUCUCUCUUUUCUUCUUCUUCUUGUUCUUAACGUGUAGAAUCAAUGCUGUAGGUCACUUUACUCGGCGGCAGGUUCGCAGCGCGGCAGGAUGCUCAGGUGAUGUCACAGUCUGGGCGCCCUCACUGGACACGUUCAGGAGACGUCUCCGAUCCGAAUCACUUGGCGGUGACGUCGUGCUCGUCGGGAUUUCGGCAGG